AUGCACGUUCCUAGCGGGAGCAGACUCGUCCCUGGCCGAGACGGCCUCGUUCUGCAGGAGAGAAUGAUCCCUUUGCCAUUAGGACCGACGCUCCGCGCGAUUGACAACCGAAAAGUAGGCACUUGCGCGACUUCAUCUGAUUAUGCCGCGGGAUAUAGCAAAAUGCUGGACCGGCACAUGGGACGCAUCACUCGAGAUUCCGCCUGGAGCACGCCUUUUGCCGCAGACAGACGACUUCUGCUCGAGACACCGACCACCGACCACCGACCACCGACCACCGACCACCGACCACCGACCACCGACAUCGACAUCGACAUCGACAUCGACUCCUGGCUCCGGCUCCGGCUCCUGAAUGGCGACUCGACCGUCGAGGGCUUGGAUGCGCGGGUGGCCAUGGCCGACGCCACUCGCCCUUGCGCGGGAUGCCAUCCGCUGGAGCUGCGUGUCCUGCUGGCACGUCGGGGGGUUGCCGCGGUGCGGAACGGACUCAGUCGGCCCGCAGCCCUGCCCGCCGUCUCCUGCUUCAUGCUCGGAAAGCCGUCGGUCCAUGUCCACGUCCAGGAUGGCGUCGCCCUGAACGCGGGCCUGCUGGACUGCACUGCGCCGCCGCCGCCGCUGACGGCUGUGGGACGACGGCCCCCGCAGCUGGCGGGCGAGCGCGAUCGCGAUCACGAGCACGAGCACGAGCACGAGCACGAGCACGAGCACUGUCGCCGCCAGCAGCACCACCACAACCACAACCACCACAACCACAACCGCAACCAGCAGCGCAGUAACCUGGAUGCAGCACACCGCCCGAGCAAGCCGCCAAUGGGGAGCAAGAGCUCCGCCUCGGCCGCCAGCUCCAACGGCGGCAAGAUCUCGCGCGCCUGCGACGCCUGCCGCGUCAGGAAGGUCCGGUGCAGCGGCGACCAGCCGUGCGCGCAGUGCUCGCACCUCAACCUGGCCUGCAACUUUGCGCCGGCGCCGCCCAAGCGCAAGCCCGGCGUGCGGGGGCGGCUGGUCGCCCAGCUGCGCAGCCGGACCUCGGGCGGCGUCAAUGUCGACGGCGCCGCGCGGGCCGCCGCCGCCGCCGCCUCCGCCUCCGCCUCCUCGAAGCCGUCGCCGCAGGCUUACAGCGGCGGCUCCGUCAGCGGCGGCGAGCCCUCCUCCGCAGGCUCGUCGCCCGCCACCGCCCCCGUCCCCGCCCCCGUCCCCGUCCCCGUCCCCGUCACCUCCAUUGCCGGCAUCGUCGACGGCCUGCCGACCUCGAGCCCGCCGCGCGUGUCCGAGUCGCACCGGCACCGGCACCGGCACCAGCCCUACACCCUGGCCGGCUGCGGCUUCUCCACCGGCUUCUUCCUGGGCCUGCUCCCCGAGUUCGAGGACCUCGUCUACCCCGUCAACCCCGUCCUGACCACGGCCGAGAUCCGCGACGCCAUCCACAACGCGCGCAGCGACUACGAGGACGCCGCCCUGGUCCACGCCUACGCCGCCGUCACCAUCAACCUCACCAAGACGUCGUGGCGCAUGAACGGCCACGACGUGGCCGCCCAGAUGGACACCCUGAUGCGCUUCGCCCUUUGGGCGCAUCGCCGGGCGGAAACGGCCGCCGGCGCCGGUCUGCAGGCCGAGAUGCCCGUCACCGUCAAGCGCAUCAUGACGUGCACGUGGCUGGAAAUCAGCCUCAUGGCCUUUCGCCGCUUCGACAGGAGCUACACCAUCCUCCAGGAGGCCAUCAGCAUGGUCCACAUGCUCGGCCUGCACCAGUACCACCGCGGCGACGCGCGCCUGUCGCACGUCGAGCUCGCCCGCCGCCAGCGAAUGUACUGGGAGGUCUACAUCCACGAGCGCUUCCUCUUCAUCAUGUCGGGCUUCCCGUGCACCAUGGUGCCCCUGCGCACCGGCCUCCCGUUCCACGACGACAGCAUCCCCACCUACGUCGCCGUUGGCUGGAACCGCCUCAUCCUCCUCUUCCAAAACAUGGACGGGCCCUUUCUCGAGCACUGGGCCGCGCAGCAGCAGCAGCAGCAGCAGCAGCAGCAGCAGCAGCAGCAGCAGCAGCAGGAGCAGUCGUCCAAAACCGCUGCCCCCGCCCCCGCCCCCGCCUCUGCUCCGCGCCUCACGUCCCACUGGAUAGAGGGCAAGCAGGCCCAGCUCGACCGCGACGAAGCCGACGCGCUCAAGGUCGAGGAGGACCUGGUCGCCUGCGGGCACGGCCCCCUCAUCGAGCUGCAGCACGUCGACCUCUUCGUCACCCGGCUCUGGCUGCGUACCCUGGUCUGGCAGCUCGCCCUGUCGCAGGGCCUCCUGCGCUCGACGCCCACGCAAAACGUCCACGAAGGCCUGUCCCUGCACUUCCCCGCGCAGCGGCUGUCCGCCCAGCUGCGCACCCUGGUCUGCCGCCUCCGAAGCAUAUCCAGCGUCGUCUUCCACGGGAGCGGCAUCCUCCAGAAGCUGUUUGAGAUUACGAGCACGGUGGCGGACGUGCUGGCGUUGCCGAGGGCGCCCGGCCAGACGGAGGAGGAGGCGAGGGCCAGGCUGGAGGACUUCUUCGUCCUCGUCCAGUUCCUGUUCAGUUUCGAGAGGACCCAGAAGCACCAGCGGGACUACCUGCGGGAGAAGCUCGAGGUGCUGCAGGGCAUGUACACUAUAGUGGAUUUUCGGGAAUUGGCGGGCGCGAGUCCCAACAGUACGGGGGACGCGGCAUAUGGGUCCAUAUCGGGGGCAGCCGGAAAUGCGAGCUCUCCUUUCUAG